UGUUCGUUCUGAUUUGGAGGUUUCUGUUUGUGUCAGCGGAGCCCACUGUGACGCUGUGCAGCUUUUCCUCCGUCGCCACACAUAUAUUCGACGAGGUAUCUACUGAAGGAAUACAUAUAUAUGUAUGAGUAGCAGUGUUGCUGCUGUGCAGACGGUAGAGUAACGUUUCGAGAUCGGUAGUCACUAGCUUGUGUGUAACGCACUCUGUGUAGCGACAUUUUUCUUUAAAUACUUUGGCCGUCAAGGCAAUACUCCAAGGAAGGAAGCGAAGGUACCAGAUUGAGCUGCUGCCCGCUAAGCAGACAAACUCAAAGCGUUCGUUUGUCUUUUUAAAAUUGCGCCUGUGCUUCCCAUGUCGAGCUCAGUAGAUAAUGCAGGUGCGAGUGCGAGGCCGCGAGAGGGGGAGGCAGACAGCAUGCCUCCUCCAUCAUCCAUGCCGGGUCGACCUCACAAGGAGGUGAUGGCGGGGGGCUCGCAGCCGCACCGCAAGCGCCCGCGACAAGGCGCGCUCGUCAACCCCAUCCCCCGCGAGGUGUAUCGGAUGGUGGUGCGGCAGCUGCACCACGACGGCUUCCUUGCCGCGGCCUCCGCCGUGUGCGAUGCGACGGGUGUGAUGGUGCAGGGCGUAGAGGACGAUGGGGACCGACUCUCGCGUGUGGUUGAGGCGGGUCUGAGCGUUGAGGAAAUGGAGCGCAAGGCGGAGGUGGAGUUCGAGGCUACGCAGGUAGUGGAGCGUUUCUUGAGUGCCUCGAGGCUGUACGUGCCGCUGUCGCUGACAAAUCGCUGGUCCAUUGGCCGUCGUUGCGUGAGUAUGCAAGAGCGCUUUGUGUCUGCUUCGCUGGGCGGCGUAGUUCGCGACAUCUCCUUCUCACCGGAUGGUGCGUACAUCACGUGUGCUGGCACCAACGGCGUCGCCGCGCUCUUCUCCCUCGAGACGGUGGAGGAUUUGUGCGCGCUGGACGAGGUGCGGGCGUCGAACCGCGCGAGGGCGCUCGACGGCAGCCGCGACGCCGCGGCGGUGGCCAAGGGCGAGACGGCGCCGAAAGGGACAGCCACGCGCAACGCAAACGAGGUGACGGAGCUGGCGAUGGUGCGCCGCUUUCACGAGCACACGCAGUCGGUGGAGGUGAUGCGCUUCCAUCCACGCGAGCCCAUUGUCCUCUCCGGCGGACGCGAGGGCGACGUGUACCUCCGCAACUACGCCUUUCCCAACUCGAAGGUGGUGAUGAAGGCGCACGACAACUUCGCUGUUCGGUCGGCUGCCUUUCACCCAUCCGGCGAGUACAUGGUGGUGGCCACUGACCAUCACCUGCCGCGCCUCAUCAACAUCCGCACCGAGAAGGUGCUGACGCCGCCCGGCACGUACGCCUCCUCGUCCGCCCACGUCGGCGGCGACGGCGAGGAUGAAGGUGUCGCGGCGGUCUCGACCUACCGCCCGACGGACCGCGGCGCGCAGCACACGGCGGCGCUCUCUUCUGUGUGCUUUGCGCCGGACGGGCGGACGAUGAUGAGCACCAGUCUGGACGGCUCGUGGAUGCUGUACGACGGCGUCAGCGGCCGCGUCAUUUACAAGGCCGAAGACGCACACUCUAGCGUCGCAGUGACGAGUGUGGCCUACAGCCGGACCGGCAACGUGGUGCUGACGGCCGGCAUGGACUCCAUAGCGCGGCUGUGGGACCUGCGCCGGCUGAGCGCGACGCUGCGCAACUACCAAAGCCCCGAGGUGGCGUCGUUUGGCGAGCCGGCAAAGUGCUUGCGCCGGAGCAUCCGGGCUGCCUUCUCGGCCAACGAGAGCCACGUCUACUGCCAGGACUCGACGCUGCUGGCCAUUCAGCGCUACUGCGUGUACACCGGCGAGGUGGCCUCGACGAUGACGACGCAGCCGAGCUUUGAGCAGCACGCCUUGGCGGCCAGCCCCUACGGCAACUUCCUUGUGACUGGUGGAGACGACAGUCGACUGCGCUUGUGGACGCCGACGUGGCUGCCGUCGUAG